AUGACUUGGACUGUUGCUAGCGAUUGGAAAAUUGUUGAAUGGAACGAGUGGGAUAUGAAACACCUGGCCACCAGCAUACUUUUCAACCCCAAUAAACACGAAGAAAUGCGGAACACAAAAGUACGAACUUUUAGAGACGAAGCAUCGACAAGACAGAAGGAACCGAAUGCUCUUCUAAAAUGGAAGGCUAGUCUUGAUAAUCAAAGUCAAUCCUCCCUCUCUUCUUGGGAUGGAAAUGGCCACUGUAACUGGACUGGGAUAAUUUGUGACAAGUCUAGAAGAGUCCACCAGUUAAAACUUUCAAGGUUCGGUUUGAAAGGUAAACUUCAUGGUUUUAGCUUCUCUUCUUUCCCCAAACUUAAUGUUAUUGAUCUCAGCUCCAAUUAUCUCAGGGGAACCAUCCCAUCAGGUGUUGGUAAUCUAUCUAGAUUAACAUACCUGGACUUGUCGUCCAAUAAUCUCUCUGGAUAUAUUCCCUUUGAAAUAGGAAAGUUAAGGUCUAUUUCAGAGCUUUAUCUGGAAAGUAACAUCCUAACAGGUUCGAUCCCUCCUUCCAUAGGAAACCUGACAGACCUGUCUUUUCUCUACUUACACAAAAACAAGCUCUCUGGUUCUAUACCUCAACAAAUUGGAAUGUUGAAGUCCCUGUAUAAACUUGCACUCUCUGACAAUAAUCUGGUCGGUUCUCUCCCUCCCUCUAUUGGAAACUUAAGCAACUUAUCUGGUCUUCGCCUUUAUAACAAUAAAAUUUUGGGAUCCAUACCAAAAGAAAUUGGAAUGCUGGGUUCCCUUGAAGGGAUUAAUUUGUCCAAUAAUAGUCUAAGUGGUGAAAUUCCUGCUUCUAUAGGAAACCUGACCAAAGUAAAUAGUCUCUACCUUUCUGCUAACAACUUUCAUGGUUCGAUUCCUCAAGAGAUCGGAAAAAUGAGAUCUCUCAUUGACCUUGAAUUGGCAGUCGCAAAUCUCUCGGGUUUAAUCCCUGCUUCUAUAGGAAACUUGAAAAACCUUUACAGGGCUCGAUUCCUUGGGAAUUAG